AUGUAUUUGGUUUCUCGAGCAGCCUAUCAUGGCCAUGAAAACAUCAUUCGAAUCCUGCUCGACUUCGGGGUGACAGAUCUCGACUCCAAGGACAAAUAUGGGCGCACUCCUCUAUCACACGCCGUACUCACGAGACACGACAAUGUUGUCAAAUUACUUCUCAGUACAGGGAUACCUGAUCCCAACUGUCGGGAUGAUGACGGUCAGACACCGCUCGCGCAGGCCGCGUAUUAUGGCCAU